AUGAAUACCCACCCCUACCGCGAAAUCCGCGCCGUCUACACCCCCACCACCAUAACAAUCUACCAAGCAUACAACGCCGCAAUCGCCACCGCAGCAGUGAGCGCACAGAAACUGGUAGCCCCCUUCAAACGCGAGCGCAUGACAUGGAUAAAACCGUCGUUCCUCUGGAUGGCCUACCGAAGCGGAUGGGCCACCAAACCGAACCAGGAGCGCAUCCUAGCGAUCGAAAUCACGCGGGCCGGGUUCGAAUGGGCCCUGCGACACUCCUCCCUUAGCCAUGACCAUGACCGUGACCAUGUGCCGCCGCUGGGGGGCCGGGGCCUCUCGGAAGCUGAGCGACAAGCCUGGAGGCGGGAGCAGCUGCGGCGGUCCCCUGUGCGAAUCCAGUGGGACCCCGAGCGCGACUGUUGGUUCAGGCCGUUGCCGUACCGCAGUAUCCAGGUUGGGGUUUCGGGCGAGGCGGUGGAUCGGUAUGUGGAUGAGUGGAUUGUUUCGGUGAGGGAUGUGACGGCGGAUAUGCACAGGGUGAAGAGGUUGCUUGAUGAGGGGGGGCAGGAGGAUGCGCGUAGAGCCUUGCCGGAGGAAAAGGUAUAUCCGCUUUCGGAGGAGUUGAGGAGGGUUUUGAGUGCUUCUUGA